AUGGCCAUUACAACGCGUGCACAAGGUCAACCAUGUACACUUCAAUUUUUGCCUGCACUCCAAAUUAUAACAAUGCUCGAAAAUACUCAACCCGGAAAUCUUGUUGCACGCCUUCAAAUAACUGGCACCUCAUCGGAAAUCUCAACUCGACUUAUUUAUAACAGUUCUGAUGUAAAAACAAAUGGAACCGAUUAUUUUAUUCUAGAUUUUACAGAUCUUUAUUUACAAAGUCCUCUUGAUUAUGAAUGGUGGACAUCAAAUAAUUAUCCAAAUCCUUUCCGUUUUAUUGUUGAAUGUACAGUUUUAGCUGAUCAAUCCAUUCAUGAUAUUGAUUUUCAACUUGAUCUUAUUGAUGUAAAUGACAAUCCACCAAUAUUUUCACAAUCAAUCUAUUACAUAAGUCUUCUUGAAACAACACCCAUUAACACCAUUAUAUCAACAGCUAUUUCUGCACACGAUCCUGAUUCGGGCGUAGCCGGAACAUUUUCCUAUUAUUUACACAAUAAUUUAUCCUCAUAUAAUUCUUAUUUUCGAUUGAUAAGUCCAACCAAUGCAAGUCUUAUUUUAGUUCAACCACUGGAUUAUAAUACUAUGUUAUCAAACUUUAAUGUAACACUAGUUGCACAAGAUAAUGGCACUCCAUCACUUUCAUCCCAAGCAAUUAUUUCAAUACAUUUAAUUGAUGUUGAUAAUUUAGAUCCAAAAUUUAAUAUAUCAACAUCAUAUAAUGCUAAUAUUUCGAUUGAUACAGGAGUUGGAUCUGAAAUCAUACCAAAUGAAGGUAGACUUUACGCCUAUGAUCAAGACAUUGGAAUUAAUGCAACAAUUAUCUAUUCUCUGUUAACAUCAAAUAAUUAUAUAUCAAUCAAUAGAUAUACAGGCUUUUUAACUCUUUAUUCAAAAUUUCAGUCUAUAACACAAUUUGAUUUAUUAAUUAAAGCUGAACAAGACAAUAAUCCUAAUAGAUCAGUAACAACUGUGUUACAUAUUAAUAUUUAUGAAUUAAAUCUAUAUGCAUCAAGAUUUCUUGCACUACCUUAUACAAUGAUUGGUUAUACAACGAAUAAUAUGGAUCAAAUACCAACAUUUAAUGGAACUGUUGAUGAUAUGGACACGAAUCCAAGAUUGACUUAUGGUUAUUCAUGUAAUUCAUCAUUAAUUAAUUUAGAUAUAAUCAAAACUAGUCCUCGUCAAUUUCGAAUUCAACCAAAUAAUUUUUUAAAUCUUCCGAAAUGCCAUCCUUGCAUAUGUUCUCUUAAGGUAUCGGAUGGACGAUAUUCCGAUGAAACAAAUCUAAAUGUUUAUCAUUAUACACCGAUAUCAUUUUUAAUGAAUUCUUAUCUAUUCUCAGUUGAUUAUCCUCUUAAUGAUCCAUCCAUAAUUAUUGGUAGUAUAUCGACUAUUAAAGAUGAUCGUUGUCAAGUGCAAUAUUUUAUACUAGAUCAACACAAUUCCUUAUUUUCCAUUUCUUCAACAGGUAAUUUGACAUGGUUGAAUACAUCAAAUCCACCAACACAAGAAGCGUAUCAACUUCAAAUUGUUGUGCAACAAAUAUGUUCAUCAUUAAUAAUGAAUAUUUCAACAGAUAUUAUUAUUACAAUUCGUAAUUUUCCAUCCCAUAUAAUAGCAUCAUCUAGAAAUACAUCUCAAACGGAUAAUAGUACAACCUAUGCUAUCAUAGCAAGUGUUAGUGCAUUUAUUCUUAUUAUAAUUGCAAUAUUAUUUAUUAUUAUUUAUUAUAAUAUUCAACGUGCUAAACAUCGUGUUCCACCAUUUUUUAAAGCUCGACAAAAUUCAGCAGCUCAUGGCUUAUCAUUUUUUAAAUCCAAAAGUCCAAUAAAUGAAUCGUCACCAUAUACAUUAGGUGUACGUGAUGAUGAUUCAUCACAUAGUAGUGAUCAAACAACGUCAUCACCAGUUAAUAAUCGUCUUCUAUCUGGACAUUACAAAGUUAGUGAACCACCAAUAAGUACAACAAUUGAAGAAUUGCUAUCAACAUAUGAUAAUCGAUCAACAAGUAGUUCAUCAAGUUCAUCAGGUAUAUGUGAUCAACCGGUAUCGCCAAAUAUCGGUUCAUUUCGUACAACUAUUCGUGAAGCAAAUGAUCAUCAAACGUUGGAUACAAUAAAUGAAGAUAUGCAAUGGGUUAACAAACAACAGCAUGAACAAAACCAAAAACGACGUUUACAUGGUUUAAAAAAUCAAAUAAUAUCUGAAGAUUCAAUGGAUAUUAUAUCAGAAUCUCAUGAGGUACAAGAUAAAUUUAACAAAAACACUAACGCUUGUUUUGCUUGCUUUAAUUCUAAUCAUUCUAUUAAUCAUGUGUGUUCUCAUUGUUAUUUAUUAUUAUCGAGCACGUCAACUCACUUAUUAUUAUCUUCCUCUUCUUCCUCCUCCUCCUCAGGUUCGACAACCACUGUUGAUGCUUGUCGACAACAAACAACAACAGCAACAACAGUUGAAUCAUCAAUCAGUGGUGCUGGAAUUGACAUUGGACCAUCAACGUCAACAUUAUCACAUCAGCAAUCCCAUGCAACAAACGUUCACAGUCGACAUUUAAACGAGUAUUUGACAGUGUUUGUAUAA